AAGAAGAAAGCGGAAGUUGUCAUCAGCCGCGUCUUUCAGUUGCACAUGUUAGCAUACAGCUAAAGCUACGCGACGUAUUCGUGACGUUUCUGUUAUAAACAAAGUUUGUAUUGGUUAAGUUCACACCGCAGCGUAUAUUUGAUCUUUUUUGGUUUUCAGCAGUGAAUGCUGAAAGAUGUGAAUGAUACUUUCAGGCGUUUAGUUGAUAUACAGAAGCCUGGAGCGAUCAGUAAGACGCGGGAUUAAUCCAAAUAUUAUUAUUUUGUUUGAUCAUCGUUAUUAACGAUUGUGUAAGUCAUGCAGAAGGACUCGAGAGUGAUAAAGACCUCUGCGCCUCCGGUGUCUCAGAUCAACGCGGAAUAUGUCACUCAGCUUUCAAACAAAUACUGGGCUCCUCAUCUCAAGAACAAACUACCAUUUGAUUCUCAGGUCAUUGAAGACAUUUAUCAGAAUGAGAUUCUUAAGUCAAAGUUUGCCAUCAGAAAAAUUAUGCUGCUGGAGUUCAGCCAGUACCUGGAGAACUACCUGUGGCCCAACUACACACCUGAGGCCUCCACUAACGGCUACCUGAUGUCCAUCUGCUGCAUCGUCAAUGAGAAGUUUAGAGAGAAUGUCCCCGCUUGGGAGGUUUUUAAGCGCGCGCCCGCACACUUCCCUCACUUCUUCAAGUGUGUGAUGGAGUCGUGUCUGUCGGGCGAGCAGCUCGGCCUGCCGCUGAAGGAGCAAACCGUGCUUCUGCUCUUCCUCGAUCACUGCUUCAACAGUCUGGAAGUGGACUUGAUCCGUGAGCAGGUGCAGAAGCUGGUGUCUCUGCCCAUGUGGAUGUGUCUGCUGCCGACCAGACUGCAGCAGGAACUGAAGAAGGUCCCAAAACUGCAGAAGUUCUGGAACCUCAUUAAAAAGAACUAUGAGAAGAUGGAGCCACAAUAUAUAGAACAAAAAAAAAAGCACCCACCUCACUCACACCACCUCAUCAAGAAGUUCCUGGUGGUUCUCAUGUCCAUCCCUGCCGCAGGCUCCGUCCCCAUGGAGAAGGUUCACUACUGUGAGAGAUUCAUUGAGUUCAUGAUCGAUCUGGAGGCUCUCCUCCCGACCCGCCGCUGGUUCAACACGGUGUUGGAUGACGCUCAUCUGGUGGUCAACUGCCAGCUGUCUCACCUCACAGACCGGGAGAAAGAGGGUCACCUCUUCUGCCAGCUGCUGGACAUGUUGAAGUUCUACACCGGCUUUGAGAUCAGUGAUCAGACACUAAACACUCCCACACAGAAACACACUAACACAAUUCACUACAAAAAAAUCAAAUCUCUUCAGAGAGCAGCGUUUGCUCAUUUCCCUGAGCUCAGUGAUUUUGCCCUGUCUAAUGUGGCUGCCGUGGACACGCGAGAGUCCCUCACCAAACACUUCGGCCAUCUCAGUCCCAAUACCCUCCACCGGGUGUCAGCAUACCUGUGUCUCCUCCCUGAACUUCCUGAUGGAGAAGAUACAUCUUAUGACAAAGAAUUCCUUCUGGAGCUACUGGUGUCCCGCCAUGAGAGACGAAUCUCCCAGAUAGAGCAGCUCAACCAGAUGCCUACCCAACCCACAAAAAAAACAAUCACCAAAAAAAACAUCCCACUCACAACUACUACUAAUAAGGAAGGUUGUUUAGCUCUGCCCAAGCUGAACCUGCAGUUUCUGACCCUGCAUGACUAUCUUUUGAGAAACUUCAACCUCUUCCGCCUGGAGUCCACCUAUGAAAUCCGGCAGGACAUCGAGGACAUCGUGUUACGGAUGAAGCCAUGGCAGUCAGAGUACGGAGGAGUGGUGUUCGGAGGAUGGGCUAGAAUGGCACAGACCAUAGCGUCGUUUUCUAUCGUGGAGGUGGCGAAGCCAAACAUCGGAGAGAACUGGCCUGCCCGCGUCCGAGCUGACGUCACCCUUAACCUCAACAUCCGGAGUAACAUCAAAAACGAGUGGGAGGGGCUGCGGAAGCACGACGUGUGCUUUCUGAUCACGGUGCGGCCCAACCUGCUCUACGGCACACGCUUUGACCGCCGGCAGCCGUUCGUGGAUCAGGCCGGGCUGGUGUACGUGAGAGGCUGCGAGGUGCAGGGCAUGCUGGAUGAUAAGGGCCGCGUCAUAGAGGAAGGUCCGACCCAGAGCAAAUUAAAAGCAGGACAGGACAUGACCAACAGCAUCCAGAACGGAGCAGAAGACCCCUACGAGACCUUCAACAUCAUCAUGAGACGCAAACCCAAAGAGAACAACUUCAAGGCCGUGUUGGAGACCAUCCGUAACCUGAUGAACACCGAGUGUGUGGUGCCCGACUGGCUCCACGACAUCAUUCUGGGUUAUGGAGAUCCCGGCAGUGCCCAUUACUCAAAGAUGCCUAACCAGAUCUCCUCUCUGGACUUCAACGACACCUUCCUGUCCAUCGAGCACCUGAAGUCCUGUUUCCCCAACCACACGGUGAAGGUGACAGAGGAAGACCCCGCUCGACAGCUCCCGCCUUUCAGAAUUCGAUUCCCUGCACUGAAUGCGAAGGGUAAAAAGCGUAAAGCAAAUGAGGAGGAGAAGCCAGAUGAGGAAGAUCUCACGCUGGUGGUGGAGCCUCAUGUGAUUCCCAACAGAGGCCCGUAUCCCUACAACCAGCCCAAGAGAAACACAAUCCAGUUUACACCAACCCAGAUUGAAGCCAUUCGUGCAGGGAUGCAGCCAGGACUUACUAUGGUUGUUGGUCCUCCCGGCACAGGAAAAACAGACGUGGCUGUUCAGAUCAUCUCCAACCUGUACCACAACUUCCCCGAGCAGAGGACGCUUAUCGUCACACACUCCAAUCAGGCUCUGAACCAGCUGUUUGAGAAGAUCAUGGCAUUAGACAUCGAUGAGCGUCACCUUCUGCGUAUGGGACAUGGAGAAGAAGAGCUAGAGACUGAGAAGGAUUUCAGCAGGUAUGGAAGAGUGAACUAUGUUCUGUCUCGCCGUCUGGAGCUCCUGAGGGAGGUGGCGCGUCUGCAGGAGAGUCUAGAUGUUCCCGGUGACGUCUCCUACACCUGUGAGACUGCUGGACACUUCUACCUCUACCAGGUUAUGUCACGCUGGGAGGAAUACAUGAGUAAAGUAAAGCCAAAACCCAGCCGAGAGGUGAAGACGGAGGACGUGGCGUCACACUUCCCCUUCCAUAAGUACUUCUCAAACGCUCCUCAGCCGGUGUUCAAAGGCCAGUCCUUUCAGGAGGACAUGGACAUCGCUGAGGGCUGCUACCGCCACAUCCGCAAGAUCUUCACCCAGCUGGAGGAGUUCAGGGCGUUUGAGCUGUUGCGCAGUGGACUGGACAGAUCCAAAUACCUGCUGGUGAAAGAGGCCAAGAUCAUCGCCAUGACCUGCACACACGCCGCCCUCAAACGCCACGACCUGGUGGAGCUGGGCUUCAAGUAUGAUAAUAUCCUGAUGGAGGAGGCAGCUCAAAUCCUGGAGAUUGAGACCUUCAUCCCGCUACUGCUACAGAAUCCAGAGGAUGGCUACAGUCGACUCAAACGCUGGAUUAUGAUUGGUGAUCAUCAUCAGUUGCCUCCUGUCAUCAAGAACAUGGCCUUUCAGAAGUAUUCAAACAUGGAGCAGUCACUUUUUACUCGCUUUGUGCGUCUGGGUGUCCCUACUGUAGACUUGGACGCCCAGGGCAGAGCACGGGCCAGUCUGUGUAACCUGUAUAACUGGCGCUAUAAGCAGCUGGGGAACCUCCCUCAUGUUCAGCUCCAGCCUGAGUUCCAGGCGCCGAACCCUGGAUUCACCUACGACUUCCAGCUCAUUAACGUGGAGGACUUCAACGGCGUGGGUGAAUCUGAACCCAACCCGUACUUCUAUCAGAAUCUGGCGGAGGCCGAGUAUGCGGUGGCGCUGUACAUGUACAUGCGUCUGCUGGGAUAUCCUGCUGAACGCAUCAGCAUACUGACCACCUACAACGGCCAGAAACAUCUGAUACGAGACGUCAUCAACCAGAGAUGUGCCAGCAACUCCUUCUUCGGACAGCCCAGUAAAGUGACCACAGUGGACAGGUUCCAGGGUCAACAGAACGAUUACAUCAUCCUCUCGCUGGUCCGCACCAAAGCCGUAGGACAUUUGAGAGAUGUGCGGCGUCUGGUUGUGGCCAUGUCUCGUGCGAGGCUCGGCCUCUACAUAUUUGCUCGAGUGUCUCUCUUCCAGAACUGCUACGAGCUGACGCCAGCCUUUAGCCAGCUGACCGCCCGACCCCUGCAGCUGCACAUCCGGCCCCAUGAAUACUACAGCUCUGUGAAGUACACACGGUCAGCCCAGCCUGAUCAGGUGCUCAAGGACAUGCCGGAGAUGGCUAACCUGGUUUACAACAUGUACAUGCACAUGAUUCAGAGCAUGCAGCAGCACAGACAACAGCAGCAGCUCCUGGAUCCUCCUCGUCAGCUGCUGAAUACAGAGGAACCCAUGGAGGCCGAACAACAGCUGAGGAAGAAAGAACAAACAAAAAAAGACGAAAGACGACUGACAAACAAAAAAUAAAGAUGAAGAAUGAUGAGGGAAAAACAAAGACAGACGAAGAAUGAGGAGGAAGAGCAGGAUCAUACCAAAAUGCCUGAACACCCAGGCAGAGACAGCGACAGCGGCGACAGUGAUGAGGAUGAAGAGCCCUAGAGAACCUUCUUCCCCUACAGAUGUUUUAGAUUAUUACCGUUAACGAACAUUGAGUGUUGAAUGUUCAUUCAUCUUUUGUAAGAGGGCUUUUGUAAUAAAAAUUAAUUAAAAAUGCA